AUGCAAUCAGCUAAAAACAAAAAUUUUGAUCUCCAUUUUUUUUUUUAAGGUUUAACAACAAACCAGCAUGUACUACCCUGGUUUAUACUUUGAUAUUGGCAGAAAGGCCAGAGAUCUUCUAUACAAUGGAUAUGUUCAGCGACCACCAAAGGACCUUCACUUCCAACGCCUUGACUGCAAUCUUGAUCUCUCCUGUCAAUUUAGAGAUAUUGUGCCUGGACUGAGGACCCUUUUUAAACUGUCCAUUCCUGAUUCUGCCAAGGUGGAACUGCAAUACUUGCAAAAGUAUGUUGGGAUAACAGGAGGUCUUGGAUUGAUAGCAGACCCUCUUACAGGAAUUAGCCCCCUCAUAAAUUUUUCAGGCGUGUUGGGAAGUGAUUUUCUCUCCCUUGGAACUGAUGUUGCCUUCGACAUAUCAACAGGAACAUUGAACAAACUCAAUGCUGGUUUGAGCAUCAGCAGUGACUUUCUUAUUGCUUCAUUGACCUUGCAUGACAAGCUUGACUCUUGGAAAGCUUCUUGUUACUACGUGAUGAAUCCCCUGACCAACACUGCCAUUGGAGCUGAGCUGAAGCAUACCUUUUCAAACAGUGACAGUGCCAUCACAGUUGGCGGCCAGCAUGCAUUGUUUCCUUCUACAUUGAUGAAGGCUCGAAUAAACACAUAUGGCAGGGCAGGAGCUCUUAUUCAGCAAGUGUUUUGGGAAAAGCUUGCUCUAACUGUUGCUGGAGAAGUGGAUUUUAUGGACAUAAAUGAAACUCCUAAGAUUGGCCUGUCUAUUGCUUUCAGGCUUUAGAACAAGUUAGUGGAAAAAGCUUCUCUAUUCACACAAUGGAGAACAACUUCAGGAGCAUAUGGUUUUCGUCAAAUAAUUUGUGCAUGUCAUAGAAGACAAUGGUCAUCUUCCUUCCAUUCAAGCUAGUUCGUCCAGCAUUCAGAUAAUAUUAAGGCAAAUACUUAGUAAGUAACAGGUACUGUCCAAGUAAAAACUAGGUAAAAAUAAAGGAGAAGUCGGGGUACACAUGUAUCACUUCCACACAGCAUUUAUUUGAGAAAAUGAGGAUAUAUGUAUACAGUUUUUCAGAAAAUAUUAGUACUUAAAAUAAAUGGAAAUUACUACCUUUUGGCU